CAAAAUGUGCCAUUACGUGGACGCCCAAUUAUAUUCGGUGCCAAUUGGCCCUGGGUCCAGAGCGAUUGUGAGCCUCAAAAGGAGUGAAAAAACACUUUGAAAGUGUCAAUAAACUAGAGUGACUAUAGAUGUUCUGAUGUGGGCCGUAUUUGCUUUGUGUGAAACUGGAAAAGGAGGAAUGAGUGUGACUUCAAAGACCUCCAUCGUGCAUCAACACUAACGGCGUGGGACCAAAAUAAAACAAGUUUUGACUCUACUUUGGAAGCAGUCAUCAUGGGCCAUGGCCGAUCUCGUGUAGGCCACUUGUAGCUCGCUUGACACACUGUGCUGUUGUACUUUCUACUACGAGUUUGAGAUCUUCAUCUGUAGUUAGUACGGUUGUAACAUUCUGUGGACCACCCGUUGAUUGACUUUCACUGGUCUACGAGAGUUGUGUCUGACGAUGGCGGCCCUGAACGCCCAGAACUUGGAGAAGUUGAACCGCCAGGAUGGCAGCGUCAAGUCCUCCCGUCGCUACUCCAUCGUGUCCCGCAAGAGCUCCAUCAGCCACUCCACCACGGGGGACGGGGCGGCCAGCACCCGCUGGCGGCGCCUGUCCCGUGCCUACUCCACCUCCAUCGGUAAUCCCAACUUCCGCGUGGCCACCGUGCGCUCCACCGACACGCCAGCGGCGGCUAGCAAGCCCUUGGUCCGCUUCGAGAACACCUUCAAGAUGACUCCGGAUCCCGGCACCCGGUUCGUGCCAGGGGAGGUGGAGAAGAUCGCCCGGCAGGUCUUGGAGGCCAACUUGACUGAGAAGACGCGCUACGAGCCUCGUACGUGCUCCAUCUUCACCCAGCGGAUCGCCGAGGAGAUUAAGAUGAGGGUCAAGGAGCUCAAGAUCCCUCGCUAUAAGAUCACGUGCCAGGUCUUCAUGGGGUCCGUGAGCGGUCAGUGUCAACAGAUGGUCAGCCGUGCCGUCUGGAACACCGACACCGAUAACUUCGCUACUUGCACGUACCAGAACAACUCGCUCUACGCCGUAGCGCUGGUCCAUUGCACUUACUAUGAGUGACAAACUAUACCAUUCUUCAUAUCACUCAUCUUGCUUAAAGGUGCUGUCUCGUCCUGUACAGUUUUCGAGGAACCACUGGUCCUCCAUACAGAACGGCGCUCUAUGUUAAUUCUCUUUACAUGUUGACGAGGAUAUCAUCUUUAAUGUUUGAUUGGCGCCAAUUUCAAAACAAAACAAUGUUAGAGGCUGUAUAAGUAACUUUUUAGAGUGUAGGACAGUGUUGUCCCAACAUUCAACACAGACCUCAAAACACUGAGAAUGAUGUGAGAAACCAUGGGUGUUGUAUUAUCAUUAGAAUAAAAUACAUUACCCGGACU